AUGAAAUUCGACAAUGACAGUGAGAAGCAGGUUUUCGAUAAGCUUAAAAAAGCGAUUCCUGGUAUUAUCAAGGAAAAAUGUGCAGGAUACGAUGAAUUGUAUGGUUACAAGUUGAAUCCUGAAGGUCUUACACAAGAGGAGGUUGAUAAAUACUAUGACGAAAAAAUCGCCGAUCGUCUAACCUACAAACUUUGCAAAGCCUAUCAAUUUGAAUAUAGCACCAUUGUACAGAACCUGAUCGAUAUUUUGAAUUGGAGGAGGGAAUUCAACCCAUUGAGUUGUGCCUACAAGGAAGUCCAUAAUACAGAAUUGCAAAACGUUGGUAUUUUGACAUUCGAUGCAAACGGCGACGCAAAUAAAAAGGCUGUCACUUGGAACUUAUACGGCCAACUGGUCAAAAAAAAAGAAUUGUUUCAAAAUGUGGAUAAGUUUGUACGCUACAGAAUCGGGCUCAUGGAAAAGGGUUUGAGCUUAUUAGAUUUCACCAGCUCCGACAACAACUAUAUGACCCAAGUCCACGAUUAUAAAGGCGUCUCCGUGUGGCGAAUGGAUUCUGACAUUAAAAACUGUAGCAAGACGGUCAUUGGAAUCUUUCAAAAAUACUAUCCAGAACUGUUAUAUGCAAAGUAUUUUGUUAAUGUCCCCACCGUUUUCGGCUGGGUUUACGAUUUAAUCAAAAAGUUCGUUGACGAAACCACCAGAAAGAAGUUCGUGGUAUUAACCGACGGCAGCAAGUUGGGUCAAUACUUGAAGGAUUGCCCAUAUGAAGGGUAUGGCGGGAAAGAUAAGAAGAACAAUCUGACCAAGCAAAAUGUCACAAAUGUCCAUCCAACAGAAUACGGCCUUUACAUUUUACAAAAACAAAUCAUCGAGGACGUUGAGUGA